UAAGGCUGGGCGGCUGUUCGUUUUCUGGCGGCAAAAUCUCGUUGUAUAAAUGUUGGCUAACUUUCCUAUUUGUUGAAAAUGUCUUCACACGAUGGAAAUUUAGCGUUGGUUUGGGACGAUCUUAAAAAUGGAUUUGAUGCAAUAUUUCGCCUGGAGACAAUUAAAAGAAAAAGAUAUAUGGAACUCCAUACACAUGUGUACAAUUAUUGUACAUCUGUUGACCCCAAGUCACACACUACACCUAGUAGAAGUGCCAUAGAAGCCGAGCCUGGAGGAAAAUUAGUGGGCUUUGAAUUGUAUAAAAAGCUGCGUAAUUAUUUAAAGGCACAUGUGCAUGCUUUGAAGCUAAAAGGAAAUAAUCUUGUGGAUGAAGAAACGUUAUCAUAUUUUGAAAAAGCAUGGACUGAAUUCCGUUUCGCAUCAAGAGUGUUAGAUGGUGUCUGCAACUAUCUGAAUAGACAUUGGGUAAAACGAGAAUGUGAAGAAGGCCGGAAGAGUGUUUAUGUUGUGUACACACUGGCACUGAUGACAUGGCGUGAACAUCUAUUGAAACCUCAUGCUAGAGUUUUAAUCAGUGCAAUUCUUCGCGAGAUUGAACGAGAGCGUCGUGGAGAAAUAUUGUCGACAUUACGACUAAGAAAAAUCAUUGAAUGUCUAGUCGAGUUAGGCAUUACCUCUGAUCAGCAAUCGUUUUCAACAUCUUCACUGGCUGGACCUGCUUCAUCUCCUAGUGAACCUUUACCAUACUUGAUGAAACCCUUCAAAUCUCCUGGUUUUCCACCGAAACCUAGUGGUUCUACCGCAAAACCAUGUAAACCUGAUCCGGAUUCCAAUUACCAGGGUACAUCAAGUAAACCUCUGUCAAGUUUUCGUGGUCCACUUCAUCCUGGUGAUGCAGUUGAUGAAUCCAACUCGGGUAAUCCUAAUGCACCACCAUCAUCAUCACCAACUUUAACAUCUGAUACACGGACUAAUUUAUCAGUUUAUCAAGAAUAUUUUGAACGACCAUUUUUAUCUGAAACUGAACGAUAUUAUCGAUUAGAAAGUGCACAGUUUUUACAGACGAACACUGUUCCAGAAUAUCUUCAAAAAGUGGAAGCUCGAUUAAAUGAAGAGCGUAUUCGUGUUCAAACUUACCUUCAUAUAAGCACACUUCCUAAAUUAAUGAGAUCCUGUGAACAUCAUCUGAUCGGUGAACAUAUUGACCGGUUGACAUCAGUCUUCUCAGAUCUUUUCAAUGAAGACAGAGAAGAAGAUAUAUGGCGAAUGUAUCGCCUAGUCGGUCAUUUCCCCAGUGGAAUACGUGUUCUCGUUUCUGUUAUGGAGGAUCAUGUGGCUGAAAAAGGAUGGGAAGCUAUUCGUCAAGUAGCUGAAGCUGCUGUUAAUGAUCCAAAAUUGUACAUUGAUACAAUAUUAAAAGUUCAUCAAAAACACUAUAAUCUUGUAUUAUCUGCUUUUGCUUGGGAUCCAGCAUUUUCACGUGCAUUAGAUAAAGGCUGUGAACGUUUUAUUAACCGAAAUGCUGUCACUGAAUUAGCUGGUAAUCAAAGAAAAUCACCUGAACUUUUAGCUAAGUAUGCAGAUUUUCUACUAAAGAAAAGUGCUAAAGACAUUCAAUUGGAUGACUUGGAAGAAACACUUGGACAAGUGAUGAAUGUUUUCAGGUAUAUUGAAGACAAAGAUGUCUUUCAAAAGUUUUAUAGUAAAACUCUAGCACGUCGUCUUGUCUAUAAUCAAUCAGUGUCUGAAGACGCUGAAGCUUCUAUGAUCUCAAAGUUGAAAGAAGCAUGCGGUUUUGAGUAUACAGCUAAACUACAAAGAAUGUUUCAAGAUGUCAAUGCUACAAGGGAACUUAAUGCAAAGUUUAUGGAUUAUUUACAGAAACAAGAGGAAGUUAAUGGAAGUACAAUUAAAGGAACUGAUUUCAACAUAAUGAUUCUCAGUUCAAAUGCUUGGCCGUUUCAAGCACAAGCGCCUUUCUCUAUUCCUGCUGAAUUGGAACAAUGUCAUAACACAUUUCUCUCCUUCUAUCAAGAACAUCAUACUGGUCGGAAGUUGACAUGGUGUUAUCAUUUAUCGCGAGGUGAAGUAGUCACCAACUAUACUAAAACCAGAUAUAUAUUUCAGGUAUCAACAUAUCAAAUGUCUGUCCUUAUGUUGUACAAUGCAUCUCUUGUCUACACAGUUUCAGCUAUUCAACUACAGACUGGUAUUGAAGAGGCUACUUUACUGCAAAUCUUACAAAUUCUACUUAAAGCUAAAGUGUUGAAAAUUGUAUCUGACAGCAAUUCUGAAGUGGAACCAAGUCAGACAACAGUCUCUGCAAGUGACGAUUCUAGUGAAUCUCAAUUGACACCAGAUACACAUUUAGCACUGUAUACAGAUUAUAAAAAUAAACGUGUUCGAGUUUAUUUGAAUGUUCCACUGAAAAGUGAAACAAAACAAGAGAUUGAACAAACUCUGGGCAAUGUUGAAUCUGAUCGAAAGUUAAUUGUUCAGGCCUGUAUAGUACGAAUUAUGAAGACUAGAAAAGUGAUGAAACAUCAUCAGCUGAUGUCUGAAGUUGUAACACAAUUAAGUCCACGAUUUAAACCUACUCCCUUGUUAAUUAAGCGAUGUAUCACCGCUCUGAUUGAAAGGGAAUAUAUCAAACGAGACAGUAAUGAACGCGAUGCAUAUGAAUAUCUCGCUUAA